GUCCCAGACCAAGGACCCUUUAGAUAGCAGCUGUCUGCUGUGUCCCUUUAUCUAAAUCACACUGCUGCUCUAAUUCCCUGGGACACUUUCCUGCGGCCCUGCACCAUCUUCACCUUUACCUCAGCACCUUGUCCUGAUGGAACCUGCACAACCAGCUCAGGAUUCCUUCUUGCUCUCCCUGGCUUCUGGCAGCACUACCUUCCCCAUGGUGCUGCAGCUCCCUCAGCCAGCCGCACACCAGCCACACUCCUCCAAUUCUAGCAAGGUGAAGCCACAGCUGGAAAAGAAAGUGCACAAGACAUAUCCAGUCUUUGUAGCCAAAAAGUAUAGAUAUCUGGAAAACAUAGUUGGUGCAAGCCACUACCUCAUUAAGGUCUCCGUCAGCAACCCUGCGCAUGAGUGUGUACACUUGUAUGUGGUACAAGUGGUUCUUCCUCCCCCAGUGGAUUCAGAACUCACCAAGUAUCAGCUGAACAAAACCGAAGAUGAUCCACUGGUGCCAAUUUGAUUGAGAUGCUUGGGACGGGCUCUUCUGUUGCUCUUUCUGCAGACUCCCAGCUCAUACAACCAGUGCCAAUACAUGAACGAAAAUAAAAUGUAACUGAUUUUGAAAACUAA